UCCUCCGCCUCCUCCUCCUCCUUGGGGGCCUGGCUGGCGCCCGGGCAGCGCCGCUCCUCCUCUUGGCAGGCUGGUGCCCAAGUCAGCUGACGCCGCGCUCCCCCAAAGUGGCUGCUGGGCGGCCAGUUUCAGGGUUGGGGAGACCGGGAAAGUGAUGCGCGCCUUCUGACGCUCGGACUCGCCAACUUUCACUCCCCGUCUGCGUCCUGACCCUUCCCGGCAUCCCUUCCCCAGGCCACUCCGGGUGCCGCGCGCUGGAGGCAGCGGGGUCACCGGCUGUCUGGGAUGGCUUCCAGUUUUAAUGACAUAGUGAAGCAAGGCUACGUGAGGAUCCGGAGCAGACGCCUGGGGAUUUAUCAACGAUGCUGGUUAGUGUUCAAGAAAGCUUCAAGUAAGGGUCCAAAAAGACUCGAGAAGUUCUCUGAUGAACGUGCUGCAUAUUUUAGGUGUUACCACAAGGUUACAGAACUUAACAAUGUGAAAAACGUAGCUCGAUUGCCGAAGAGUACCAAGAAGCACGCCAUAGGGAUCUAUUUCAACGAUGACACCUCCAAGACCUUUGCUUGUGAAUCAGACCUGGAGGCAGAUGAGUGGUUCAAAGUCCUCCAGAUGGAGUGUGUGGGGACCAGAAUCAAUGACAUCAGCCUUGGGGAGCCUGACUUACUGGCUACUGGGGUAGAAAGAGAGCAGAGUGAGAGAUUCAAUGUGUAUUUGAUGCCAUCUCCUAACUUAGAUGUACAUGGCGAAUGUGCCUUGCAGAUUACAUAUGAGUAUAUCUGUCUUUGGGACAUCCAGAAUCCCAGAGUCAAACUCAUCUCUUGGCCGCUAAGCGCCCUGCGGCGGUAUGGACGUGACACCACGUGGUUCACUUUUGAGGCAGGGAGGAUGUGUGAGACUGGUGAAGGGCUGUUUAUCUUUCAAACGAGAGAAGGUGAAGCCAUCUACCAGAAGGUCCACUCUGCUGCUUUGGCCAUAGCCGAGCAGCACGAACACCUGCUGCAGAGCGUGAAAAAUUCAAUGAUGAAGAUGAGUGAGAGGGCAGCCUCGCUGAGCACCGUGGUGCCCCUGCCCCGCAGCGCCUACUGGCAUCACAUCACCAGGCAGCACAGCACAGGGCAGCUCUACCGUCUUCAAGAUGUCACCAGUCCCCUGAAGCUUCAUCGAACAGAGACUUUUCCAGCCUACCGGUCCGAGCACUGACAGUAACUGCCGAGGGCUGUGAGCACAAUUGCGACGCGUCAGCCACAGAUCCACGUGGGAGGUCACAGACGGCAGCCAGCAAAACCAGAGCGGAAGGAAGGGAAGCCGCUUUGCGCCCUGCUAAUGUGCGGUCAUCGGACAUGCUGCAAUACAACAUCUGCGUUAUCUUUCCUUUCCUUUCCCUUUUUUAAACAAACAGUCUUAGCCUCAAUGAAACAUGCUGUGUAGAUAUUGACAGCCCCCUGCCCCGCCCCCUUUUUACAGCUGGACGGAAGAGGUUGACGUCACAGUUACAGAUGGUUUUCAUUUUAGGUGCAGCGCCCCUUGUGCUUCUUAGUCUGUCCUCUUGUGGAUUUGUGUGAUUUUUCCUCCGAGUGUUUGAAUUGUAUGACAGUUGGUAUUGACAAUAAAUGGCUCUUCAUUAUCUGUUUCUUGUUUACACACUAUUCCUUGGUUAUUAAUGCUGUGGUUCUGGUUAACUAUUGGAACUCGUAUUUGAUUACAUUGCCAAUGAGUUAAAUCAAUGUUUUGACUCACUUUUGUCUAGUAGAUUAAGAACCCUUUAAUCAAGGCUUCGGUCCCUCAUAUUCUUUACCUUCUGUCCCUUCUUCCCACUUUAAAAAAACCUUUAUUUUGUUUGGAGUACUGCCAUAAAAUGUUUUAAAA